GGGCUACCAAAGACAUGGGGAAGAUGCUGGGUGGGGAUGAGGAGAAAGACCCAGAUGCUGCCAAGAAAGAAGAGGAACGACAGGAAGCCCUCAGGCAACAAGAGGAAGAGAGGAAAGCCAAAUAUGCCAAGAUGGAGGCUGAAAGAGAAGUUAUGAGACAAGGGAUUCGAGACAAGGUAGGUACAGGAGACACAAUCAAUGCAUAUGACAUGAAAAUUUUAAAAAGUCAUUCACAGCCAAAGAUGAUGACAGAUAACAGCACUGACAUGAAAAGAGGAAACUUAGACAAUAAUGACAAAAGGCAGGGCAGAAAUUACAUCAGCCCAUUACAGGAUGAGACUGGUCGCCUUACAAAGAGGGACAUAGACAAGGUGGAGAUGUUUAAUGCCUUCUUUGUCUCUAUCAACAUUGAUGUCAGACUAAGGGGGUCCCAGAGCUGUGAGCUGGAGGACCACAGAAGUGACAAUGACAAACUCCAAGUUGACCGUAAUGUUGUCCCAGUUGACUGGAAGCUGGCUAACAUUAUCCCAGUUUUCAAAAACAGGAAGAAGGAUGACCCUGGUAACUACAGGCCUGUUGGUCUCACCUCAGUGCCUGGUAAACUUAUGGAGAAGAUUAUUCUGGAAGGCUGGUGGCUGGUCACUAGUGGAAUUCGACAGGGCUUCAUCAUAGGCCGAGUGCUCUUCAACAUCUUUAUAAAUGACUUGGACAUGGGAUUUGAAGGGAUACAAAGCAAGUUUGCCAAUGAUACAAAAUUGGAAGAAGCUGUUGACUUCCUCAAAGGCAGAGAGGCCUUGCUGAGAGACCUUGAUAAAUUUAGAGAUGUGGACAAUCACCAAUCAUAUGAAGUUCAACUAAGGCAUGUGCUGGACUCUAUACCUGGAAUGGGGCAACCCCUAUACAGACUGGGGAAUGAGGUGCUGGAAAGUAGUGUUGUAAAAAGGGACCCAGGGGUCCUGGUCAAUAGCAGUUUGAAUAUGUACGAACAGUGCACCCUGUGA